AUGGGCGCUGUCUCUGUGUCUCUCAUUCCGUUACAAUGGCGCAGCCGACAGGCAGCUGUCUAUGCGGUCAAUACAGCGCUGCAGACCUCUACUGGUGUGAUGCCGUAUGAAAUCGUAUAUGGGAAGCUGCCCCAGUUGAAAGCGGUCCUCAGGCUAGAUGCUCCCGUUAGCGUCACACGCCCUGACAGUCGCACAGUCGCCUGCCAGAAGAUAAGAGCUGCGGCGAAAGAAAAAGCCACACAAGCGCAAGAAAAACAGAAGCGCUAUUAUGACCGCCGCCGUCGACCUGCCCCGGCGUACAACAUUGGAGACGAGGUGUGGGUGCAAAGAGGUGGCAACUGUCCAGGCAAGACGCUACUAGGAAAGUUUGAGGGGCCCUUCACCAUCACCGAGCGUGUCGGAGAUACAUGGCGCGUUGGCACCUCGGAUCCAAGCUUUGGACUUGACUGGCGGAAAAGAAAUAACUUCGCCGUGCACGUGUCGCGCCUCAAGAAAAGAUUACGCUGA